CCUGGUCACCUGGAUGGGUGAUAGGAAACACACCCCGCUUUCGUUUCCCUCCUCUUCUUCCUCUUCCUCUCUAUCUACUUUACUCUCUCCUUCUCUCUCCACUUUCUGAUAAAACCAAGUUUUUACCCAGAACGAACCAGCUUUCUUCUGUUUGUUUCAAAUGGUGGUGCAAGUGCAACUAUCAGACAAAUCUCACUUCAAUGUUACAGCAAGGUUAGUAAGAUUUAAUUAAGCUUCAGUAGGACCCCCAACUGUUUUCUUUUCCUGUUUGAGUUCCAAGAUUAAAUCUUUUUAUCUCUUUCAUUUCUUGUAUUUAUGUGCUUUUAAUUCAUCUACAAUACCGGUCAGUCCAUAAUCUACUGCUCCGUCCCCAGCUUAGGUAUUUGGAAACAGACCAUUGAAAUUAGUGAGAUGGGUUGGUGGGUUAGCACCCAAAAUGUCAAAAUCAGAAUAGAAAAAGGAGAAGAUAGAACAAUAAUCCUUAAGCUGGUAAUUAGUGUUCUUUGAUCAUGUUAGAUUAAGAUAGUGACCGAUAGCUAGCAUACAUGAAUUCAUGAAAACACUGAUCUGAUCUAGAUAGCUCCCAUCGAUCAUUUUUCAUAAUAGAAAAGAAAAAUAGCUAGGCUGGGAGAUCAAUCAAGAAUCUGUAUUGUAUAGCUAUAUAACAGAUUUAAUGGAGAUUAGAGCUGGCCAAGAUAAGAUUUUAGGGAUGCCAACCACUUUGGGGUUCAAUCCCCAAAAUAGAGAGUCCUCUUCUUCUUCCAGGCUCUCGUCUCCAUCUCUUCAUCAUCAUCACCAUGUUAACAACACACUAAUCUUCAACCACCCUCAAACCCUAGACCCUUUUUAUCAGCCUCAAACUCAACAUCAUCAUCAUCAUCAUCAGCCUCAGCAGUCGAAUCCAUACAAACCCAGAGAUCCUGACCCAGUUCCAAACCCAGAUCCAAACCUGUCACCAGCUGCCGUCUGCACCACCCCAAGAGCAACAAGCAGCACUCCAAGAGGAGCAAACCACAGCUUCAAAGCAGCACCAUCGGCGGCACAGGCACAAGUACCAGUACCUGAGCCAGUUCCAGCUUCGAAAGCAGUAAGAUAUCGAGAAUGCUUGAAGAAUCACGCAGCGACCACCGGAGGGCAUGUACUCGAUGGCUGCGGAGAGUUCAUGCCAAGCGGAGAAGAAGACAGCCCGGGAGGACUAAAAUGUGCAGCUUGUGACUGCCACAGGAAUUUUCACAGGAAAGAGAUCGAGGGUGAAACUCAAUUAGUACAUGUCCCCAAUAAUUACCAUGUCCUUAACCACCCGAACAAAAACAGCCAUAGCAGCCGUAGAAAUGCAUCAUCAGCACCUGUUGUUCCCUCACUCCCUGCACCACCUCCUGUUCAUCAUCACCACCAGUACCAUCAUUUCCCGGCCACUAGUCCUAACGUGGCGGGAUCAUUUCCUCCUGGGUCGAUGAUGACUUUUGGAGGUGGCGGAGGUGCAGCCGAGUCAUCUAGCGAGGAUCUCAACCACAUGAACAUGUACGAUCAGUCCAAUCAGGCCGGGAGUUCGAGGAAGCGGUUUCGGACAAAGUUUAGUCAAGAGCAGAAGGACAAGAUGAUGGAGGUGGCUGAGAAGUUGGGAUGGAGGAUCCAGAAGCACGACGAGCACGAGGUGCAGCAGUUGUGUUCUGAAUUGGGUGUAAAGAGACAGGUUUUCAAGGUGUGGAUGCACAAUAAUAAACAAGCCAUGAAGAAGAAGCAACUGUAAGGCAUUGUUCUUUCAUUAGUUCUUCACAUUGCUGUUCUUUGGAGAGUUGGGGAGAGAAAUUAGUGAAUGACUGGCCCAGAUUUGUAUGUGCAUAUCAAAUAGAAAUGAGAGUUAGAUAAAAGCAUUCCAUCUUUAUUUCUUUUUCCCAGUUUUUCAAAGAUCUUCUUACAACAGCACUAGCCUAGAUCUUCUUCUUGCUUGGUUUUUUUCUUGUUCUUCAGUUUAACUGCUUGAA